AUGGUGGUAAUGACCUCAUUUCCUCCUCCAACUGAAGGGUUGGUCCACGUAGAAGAAAACACUGAGGCUUUCAUUCAUGAUCAAUCAUAUGGACUAGGAACUUUGUAUAUAGCAACAGAGUAAGGACUUAACUACAGGAAACCUGAUCUCUCUAAGGGGGUGUUUACCUGACAAAACUCGCACCGGUGCGAUUUUCACACUGGGAUGACUUGUUGAUUUCGUAUCGCGUUUACAUGAUGACUAGAUUAUUUCAUAUCUCGUUAUUUAAAGGUACAUUUUUGUGUUGAUAAAAUACACAUGUGGUUCAAAAUCGCAAACAUUACGCAGCGCUACCCGUUCCAGUCUACCGGCAGACCGAUUUCACACCGAAACGGGUAGUCGUUUCACGUUUACAUGAUACUGUUGCGAGAUUUCUUACCGGAGUGAAAUUCUUGCCUCAGUACGAGAACCGAGGUGAGCUCACACCGGGGUGACUCGCAUCGGCAUAACAUUUUGUGGUGGUAUCAUGUAAACAUGUAUAGAGCCAUGAGAGGGACCCGGAGUGAACUCACUCUGGGGUGAAAGUCGCCCCCAUGUCAUGUAAACACCCCCUAAAACACCCUUUGACAAUAUGGCUAUGUGGCUAGGCAGCUAUGCACGUGUUUAGUCCCAGUCCCUGGAAUGGGGUUAUUUCCUAGUAACAGGCUAAUGAGGAUGUGGUCAUAUUUUAAUGACUGGGUCGACUGCAGGAAAUGCAUGUCAAGUGUCCCCCCAAGAUUACAUUAACGAUAACACCUCUGUAUUCGGUCAGAUUGAAAAUCUUUGAAUGGUUUAAUUGUUUUUUUGAAGACAUUUAAAUCAAAUUCAAGAAAACCGAGCUGGCAGAAAAAUUCCAUGACUAGCUCCUGUGAAUUCACUGUUCAUUACGUAUGCAGGAAUGCAGAGAUGAAACUGAAAUCUACAACUACCAGGGGAUUCAACCUUGGAAUAAUAUAUUCCAAUGCAAUCUUAGUACAAUGAAAGUUGGGAUUAUGAAAAUUACAUAUACCCAAAACUGAUGUGACUAAGAAGGGGUCUAUAACUGGCCACAGGAUCGACCAUAAUGUGGUAGAAGUUCUGAGAGGCCAGCGGUACAUAUGCAGGCAUCUGGAGCAAUCACACAGCUAUGUCUCAUUUGUGUAUGAAUCUAUGUGCAGGACAAGAGAAAUCGCUCAGUUAUUGUGAAAUACUAUUUUAUUUGUUUUUUAUCUUUUGAAGGAGAUUGUCAUGGAGUGACGGUGAUGGUAAAGGAUUCUCUUUGGAGUAUCCAGCAAUAUCUUUACAUGCCAUUUGCAGAGACACUUCACAAUUUCAAUAUGAAUGUAUCUACUGCAUGAUGGAUUCACCUCUAGAUGGUAAGAACUAAAGCAGAGCUGCACACCUCUGGAAACCUGAAAUCUGGAGACUCUCUCUUUGGCAAUACCCCCCGUGAAAAUCAAUAACCGGCAAACCUCCCCGCCGCCGAUAAGCAUAAUUUGAUCCAUGUCCUAAUUUGUUAUAUGGGAAUUGCUUAGNGAGCAAUCACACAGCUAUGUCUCAUUUGUGUAUGAAUCUAUGUGCAGGACAAGAGAAAUCGCUCAGUUAUUGUGAAAUACUAUUUUAUUUGUUUUUUAUCUUUUGAAGGAGAUUGUCAUGGAGUGACGGUGAUGGUAAAGGAUUCUCUUUGGAGUAUCCAGCAAUAUCUUUACAUGCCAUUUGCAGAGACACUUCACAAUUUCAAUAUGAAUGUAUCUACUGCAUGAUGGAUUCACCUCUAGAUGGUAAGAACUAAAGCAGAGCUGCACACCUCUGGAAACCUGAAAUCUGGAGACUCUCUCUUUGGCAAUACCCCUCUGAAAAUCAAUGACCAGAUGACUAGCCAACCCCUGCCCCCCCCCUCCGAUAAGCGUAAGUUGAUCCAGGUCCUAAUUUGUCACAGGGGAAUGGCUUAGGACAUUAUAUGAAGUCUUACAUGAAUUACAGACCAUCGCAAUUCACUUUUAUGGUAAUUUUUGUCAGUGAUGAAAUACAUGCAAAAAUGCCCCAGAAAAAGAACUAAGAAUCAAAGAAAAUUCAAAUUUUGGGAGAAAACGGGAUAAAAUCCAAAUUAAAACACAGAAAAGCUCAUAACUUGAUUUUAUCCAUGAGAUUUGGUGACCCGUACCUGGAAGAGUUGGCAUGUAUGCUAGAGUAGUUUUGUAUUGCAAAUAGCAGUAAUGAAAGUAGCCAAGGGCCAUGUUCACAGUAGCCGGGGAAAAUCCCCGGCCCCCACCUCUUAAUGACAGUCCUGGUAAUACAUAAUGAAUAGUAAUUUCUGCAGAAAAGACAAAACAUGAUAAGGUAGUUCAGUCUUGAGAUUUUUCCAUUGAUCACAAAUAUCAAUAAUAUAUUUGUUGGUAUUUUUAAAAAUAAAAAUAUUUAAAAAUAAUAUAAAUAUUAAAUUAAUAGUGAUUUAGAGGUAACACAUCACAUAGCGAUUCUUCGUCUAUCUGAUUCCUAAUCGAAAUGGAAAUUGGAAAUGUUAGUUUUUGAGGAGAGAGAAAAUUAAGAUUACCCAUGCUGUCGAAGCUGGGAUUUGAACCUGAGCCACAUUGAUGGGAGACAAGAGCUCUACCAUGGCGCCACCCUUGCUCUCCAAGGAACAAGUAGCCUGUCCUUGUAACAGUGUUUGUUCCCCUUACUCAACCCUUAACAUUUUGUUGGAUCUAACCACUUGUAGUUAACUAUUUCUGAUUUCCAGAUAAUGAAAAUGAUGGAGCCAGCGAUGACAGUGAUGGCAAAUUUGGAGAGGUCAGAUUUGUGCCCGAGGAUAAGUCAAAAUGUAAGUCCAGCAAAUCACAAGAAAAGUAAUUAGUGACUUUUUUCAUGUUGAAUGUUGAAAAAUUUUCUUUUCAUCUUUUCAGUGGAAGUCAUGUUUAGAGCUAUGUCAGAUUGUCAGAUUCUUCACCCCGACCCCCAGGAACAAGAAGAAGGUAAGCUGUGUGCAUCAAUAGCCUGCAAAUACAGCCGUCUCUCCUCGCUCCCGGCCAGAUAUGAGAUGGUAGAUAGCAAAUGAGGCGCAUAGCACCGAGUUGGCUAUAAUCAUCUCAGAUCCAACAAGCAUGAGUGGAAUUUGUUUUAUUAAAAACACCCACAAAAUAUGGAGAUUUCUUCCCGGCUUUAUUUGUAAAAAGAACCUUUCUCAGCUUGUUUUUAGUUUUGAGCAGAUACAUACAGUUACCAUAUUUUGAGGGCAUGGUAUUAUGGCUCAUAUACCGUGAAGGCUAAGCCAUUCGGAGCUCUAGAAUUGCAUUAUCCAAUGAUUCAGUUUUUAAUAAUUUAACUUACCAUAAUUUAUCCACUUUUUUUUGUGACCGUAGAGGAAGAUGAAGACUUUUUUUGUGAUGCAGAUGAAGGAGAGCUCUCUGAGCAAGGACAGGUAUAUUGUUAACAGUUUAUUGAAAUCAUUUUCGCCCCAGUAAAUUAGAAUCCUCACUCUAAACCAAUGAAGAUGUACUGGUUAUUUAUCAAGUGUAGCUUUUAAUCAGAAUGCUGCACAACACAGCAGUCAGCUGUGAAACUUUUAAUUACCACAUGUCGUAUUCCCAUUUUUUUUCGCAGAAGAUAGAGGGUGAGAGAACACUCAAGAAAAGAGAAGCUUUCUCGACGUUACCUCGUACCCAGAUCCCUUGUUGACGAAGCAAGAGAUCUGGGUACGAGGUUACCCGCGAGGAGACAAGGCGUGCAAUGUGUCUUCUUGUGGGAGCCUAUUUCAUUGUCUUCUUGAGAAAUCGCUAAGGUCUCCACAAGAAAAGAUGUAUUUCUCACCAUCUAUAAACAGUCAGUACAUGAAUGUAGUAUUCAAUUGUUUAUUUCUCUUUUAACAUUUCAGGCAACCCUUCAGCGCUUAGAAGGAAUGCUAGAAAUGCCCAGUCAGCAGGAAUUUAUGCAGAUGACUUCGGUGAGAAAUGGCGGCGACCAUGUGAACGGCCACGGAAACGUGCAAGGUUGGUAGUUGGGUAUGACGAAUUAGCAAUGCUAUUUCAACCUCUCCUAUAAUCAUUUAAUACCUUGCUCAACCACCGUCAACUAGCCGCGCGCGCACGCGAGGCGCGAAGUACCCUGGGUGCUAGCGAGUUUUCAUGUGCGGUUUCCGGUCUCUGUCAAGUCUAUAUAAUAACCCACUCGCCGCUCGUGUCUUAGGUCUUCGGCCGAAGACGCGUCGGCCUGUUACCGAACCCGAAACAUCUCCGCCGCACUUGAUAGUCUCACGCGAGAAAGGCGCGAAAGAAAAGAAAGAGAAGUUGUCUCAGAAAAGAAUAGAAAAGAGAAUUUCACAGCGCUGUAUAAAUAGUUCCCAGAACCAAAAUUGCUUCGAAAAGGCUUCAAUGGUUAACAAACACCGGCGAUCUCUUGUUUGAAAGUAGUGGUAAUGUUGCAAUUUAAGAUAAUAGUUCAUACUGACAUUUGCAAUUGUCGCUUGCAAUAGGUUUUCACAUAGCAAAACCGAAAAAGGCAAACACUUACUUUCUGAAACUCUGACACUUUUUGUUGUUUUCAAUCAGCUAAGUUUCACUGUAACUGUCUUUUUUAUAAUUUCAUUUGCAGGCGACGUUGAAAUGGACAACAGCGCUGAGAACAGUGAACAGUUUGAAGAUGCCGACAAAUGACAUUGAAUGAACAAACAUACGAGAGCUUUUACAUACAUUGUGAAGAAAGCAUUUCGUGGCUUCCACAGAGCAGUUUUCUUGUUAGGUACCCUGUUCUUCCCUGUAAAUGGUGGAGUUGCCACUUUACUCUAAAUCCCUUAGUUGCACUAGAAACUGAAAAUUUUACACUCGCAUACAUUUUGCAACUCUGAUGCCAUCUGUCCCAUUACAACACAGAUGUUUGAUAACAUCAAAUUAUCAUAUUAUUUAACCGGUGUCUGAAAGGAUGAUGGCCCGGAGGGUAUGCAAAUCAGUGAAAAGGCUCUUGUUAUUAUGGACACAGCCUUGUGGAUUACACACUUUUGUAGCAAAAUUUACGACUUUGCAUUUGCGUAUCUACGUUCUAAGUAGCGGUGAGAUGUUGUUUUUCGUGUCAAUUUCACAGACAUAGUGUUGUGUAACAGUAUAUUUCGUCGAAAACAAGAUUUCGAUAAGAGACAACUUUUGAAAGAAAGUAGACAGUUCCAAGUUAAUCGAUUGCAUAACUUUGUUUGGUU